CUUUCGUUCUAGAUCUAUCAACGAUUCUUUCGUCGAACGAUAGAGAGAGAGAGAGAGAGAGAGAGAGAGAGAGAGAGAGAGAGAGAGAGAGAGAGAAGCUCGCUAAUCUUUCCAAGUUCUUUUUCUUUUUACGGCGUUCCUUUCUCCGUCCGCCACCGAAAGUAUCUCCUUUCGAAAGAGAAAGAGUGGGAGGGGGAGAGAGACGGAGAGACAGAGAGAGAGAGAGAGAGAGAGAGGAAGAGAGAAAGAGAGAGAAAGAAAAAGAAAGACGUACAUAUUCGUAGGGUGCACUGGCCGUACAGAUAGACGAGUAAAGGGACGUUGACGUGUGCGUGGGAGAGAAAUAGAGAUAGAGAUAGAAAAAGAAUGGAUUUACGAAGAAACACGCGGUGCGUACGAUAAUAGUAGCUCGACAUAGUUCUGCAAUCCGCCCUCGUGCGCGUCCACGGCGGAUCCGGAAGGAGGCGCGCUCGAAGGGAAAGAAUAGGGAGAGGUGAAUUCGCGCACCAUUAACGAGCUUCUCUUCCUGGAAACGAUCGAGCUCGCGCGCCAACCGAUUUGGGAUCGUGCCGACCGAUCGACCGACCGACCGACCGACCGACCGAACGACCGACCAACCGACCGACAAACCGAUCCCGACAGACAGACCGAACGACCGAAAGAACGAGAGGAGUGACCACGGUGCGAUAAACUACCCCGUAGUGCCGCGAACACGUUCAACUCCCUUCCAACUCGUCUUCGUCGCCACCUCUUCUCUCGUUUCUCUUUUCACGCGCGUACGUAUAUAUGUAUACGCGUAGUGUUCGCGUAUACGUCGGUACAUAUAUAUAAAUAUAAUCGAACGUACCCAGAUAUCUAUUUAUAAGUUUACACGAGAGAGCGAGAACAAGAGAUAGAUAGAGAGUAGCGGCGACGAUCGUGACGUUGCUCGCUGCUGGUGCUAGUGCUACGUUAUCUUUGGGGUGCCGUUUGUGAUGAUAAUGAUGAUGAUGAUGAUGAUGAUGAUGAUGAUGAUGAUGAUGAUGAUGGUGGUGUUGGUGACGGCGAUGGUGGUGCGUCCUUAAGAAGAGAGAAUUUGUCAGUGCGAGAGUUACGCGAAACACGAGAAAAGAUAGAAAAGAAGGAGAACGUGCAAGUUCCGGUUACACGCUCGAAUCUCGAGAGCUCUUCCCGUCGAUCUUUUUCUCCGAGGACGCUCUUUCUUCUCCCGAGAGGACAACGAAGAGGAUAAAAAGUCAUCGUUUACCCUGGUACUAGAAGAGAGGACGCGAACCGAGCGCGAACGACGUCGCGUUUAAGACGGAUAUGAGGUGCGGAUACGCCCGGCUCACGUGAUACACACACGAUCGUCUCUACCACCGACGCUUCUCUCUUCCAAAGAUAUGCGGUCAGGGAGGAAGGUUCGUAGGAGCCCAGUGCCGUAGCAUGCCGGCGUGCUGGGUGAGCCGUUGGUGCGCCAUUGAGUCCGCCGUGGUGGUGAGACGGUAUCUCGAGGAGGGUACUCGAAGCAGUAGCAGCAGGAGCAGGAGGAGGAGGAGAAGGAGAAGAAGAAGAAGGAGCGAUCUCGGCUGGAGAAGCAGCACGGAGCUCGACACCACCGACCGAUGAGCGCGGGGGGGGAUGGGGGCUCGGCGUUGGCUCCGUCAGGGCUGCCGGGCUCCCAGCCGAUGGCCGCGACCCCCUCGACCGCGACCCCCCCCGUCACCGGGCAGCACCAGCAGAUCGGACUGUCGGCCGUCGUCGAUCCUCAUCAUGCUCGUUCCCAGACGGGCCUUGCCGGUCCCACCGGUGCUUCUACCGGCGCUCCGGCCGGUGCUGCUCCCAAGGCCGCGACCAAGAGGCCCGCCCGCCGUGCUGGCAAACCGCCACCCGACAGGCCUAUCAGGGCUCUCUUUUGUCUGCCCCUCAAAAAUCCCAUAAGGAAGCUCUGCAUCGGCGUCGUCGAAUGGAAACCCUUCGAAUGGCUCAUCUUGAUGACGAUAUUUGCAAAUUGCAUCGCCUUGGCCUUCUACACGCCGUAUCCGUUCGGUGAUUCUAAUCAGACCAACCAGUAUUUGGAAAAGAUAGAAUAUGUAUUUCUCGUCAUUUUUACGGCCGAGUGCAUAAUGAAGAUCAUAGCCUACGGAUUCGUCGCCCAUCCGGGCGCUUAUCUACGAAACGGCUGGAACGUGCUGGACUUUACGAUAGUCGUAAUAGGAAUGAUGAGCACGGUAUUGGCGAUGCUUAUGAAAGAAGGAUUCGACGUUAAGGCGUUGAGGGCUUUCCGAGUAUUACGACCUCUCAGGCUGGUUUCCGGUGUACCAAGUCUUCAGGUGGUCCUAAACUCCAUUUUAAGAGCGAUGAUACCGCUUUUGCACAUUGCCUUGUUGGUUCUCUUCGUCAUCAUCAUCUACGCUAUCAUCGGCCUCGAGCUCUUUUCCGGGAAGAUGCACAAGACGUGUAGACACAACGUAACUGACGAACUAAUGAGCGAUCCAGUUCCCUGUGGUCCUAUGGGUUUUCAGUGUAGUACCCUUGGACCCGAUUUCUACUGCAGCAAUCAAUUUUGGGAAGGUCCGAACGAUGGCAUCACAAACUUCGAUAAUUUUGGUUUGGCCAUGCUCACGGUCUUUCAAUGCAUCACUCUCGAGGGCUGGACCGAAGUACUUUACAACAUAGAAGAUGCGAUGGGAAGUUCUUGGCAAUGGAUUUAUUUUAUUUCCAUGGUUAUACUCGGAGCCUUCUUCGUGAUGAAUCUAAUUCUCGGUGUGUUGUCCGGCGAGUUCUCGAAGGAAAGAGAAAAGGCGAAGGCUCGGGGUGACUUUCACAAGCUCAGGGAGAAACAGCAAAUCGAGGACGACCUCAGAGGGUAUCUCGAUUGGAUAACGCAAGCCGAGGACAUCGAGCCGGAAGCCGACGAGCCCAAAACGCAAGAUGGAAAGUCGAAACAACAAAACGAAAUGGAGAGCACGGAUCAAUUGGAGGGCGACGAGGAAGGGGUCCAACAGGAACCUGUUUGGAAGAGAAAGAAGCGAGAUUUAGAUAGGGUGAAUCGACGAUUGCGACGAGCCUGUAGAAAAGCCGUGAAGUCGCAGGCCUUUUAUUGGCUCAUCAUAGUGCUCGUUUUUUUAAACACCGUAGUUCUCGCGACCGAGCAUUACAAUCAACCGCAUUGGUUGGACGAUUUUCAAGAGAUCACCAACAUGUUUUUCAUCGCUCUCUUCUCCAUGGAGAUGAUACUGAAGAUGUACAGUUUAGGAUUUCAGGGUUACUUCGUCUCUUUGUUCAAUCGUUUCGAUUGUUUCGUCGUGAUCGGCUCGAUAACCGAGAUGAUCCUUACGAACACGAACGUAAUGCCGCCUCUCGGAGUUUCCGUGCUCCGUUGCGUCAGACUAUUGAGAGUAUUCAAGGUAACAAAAUAUUGGAGAUCGCUCUCCAACUUGGUGGCUUCUUUGUUGAAUUCGAUUCAAUCGAUCGCCUCUCUCUUGCUUCUGCUCUUCCUUUUCAUCGUAAUUUUCGCACUCUUAGGAAUGCAGGUUUUCGGUGGAAAGUUUAAUUUCGCCGAUCUGCAGGACAAACCACGGCACAAUUUCGAUAGUUUUUGGCAGAGCUUACUCACCGUCUUUCAGAUAUUAACCGGUGAGGACUGGAAUGCGGUAAUGUACGUUGGAAUUCGAGCUUACGGGGGCGUUUCUAGUCCCGGCGUUAUAGCCUGCACUUACUUCAUCGUUCUCUUCAUAUGCGGUAACUAUAUCCUCCUGAACGUCUUCUUGGCCAUCGCGGUGGACAAUCUCGCGGACGCGGAAUCGUUAACGGCCAUUGAGAAGGAGGCCGAAGAGGAGGCCGAGAAGAACAAAUCUCACAGUGGAUCGCCAGCGAGAGACGAGAUCAGCGGCGAAGCUGGAGAUGGCGGAGAGACCGGUGGCGAGGACGAGGGUGGUGCUACAGAUAUGGAGCACGAUCCUAAUGAGACAAUGGAGGAUUACGAGGUUGCUUUGGACACUGAAACAUCGGAGAAGAGCGAGGACGGGAACACGCACAAAGUUCGUUUAAAUAUCGAAUCGGACGAGGAAGCGGAGGAGGAAGAGGCCGAGCAGAACGAGAUACAUGACGAGGGGCAAGAAGUAUCGGCCAGGCCACGAAGAAUGUCCGAGUACAACACGGCCACGAAAAAGCAACCGAUCCCGCCGGGUACCUCCUUCUUUAUUUUUUCUCAAAACAACAGAUUUCGAGUAUUUUGUCAUUGGCUUUGUAACCACAGUUACUUCGGUAAUGUGAUCUUAGCCUGCAUCAUGAUAUCCUCGGCCAUGUUGGCCGCCGAGGAUCCGUUAAGCGCUACUUCGUACAGAAAUCAGAUCCUGAAUUACUUCGAUUAUUUCUUUACUAGCGUUUUCACGAUCGAGAUCUGCCUGAAGAUGAUAUCGUACGGAUUCGUUAUUCACGACGGUGCUUUCUGCCGAUCGGCCUUCAAUCUACUCGACCUUCUCGUCGUCUGCGUGUCCCUCGUUUCUACAUUCUGGAGUUCCGGCGCGAUAUCGGUGGUGAAGAUACUCAGGGUGUUGCGCGUUCUCAGACCGUUGCGCGCCAUCAACCGUGCCAAGGGAUUAAAGCACGUAGUACAAUGCGUCAUCGUAGCGGUAAAGACUAUCGGAAACAUAGUCCUCGUCACCAGCCUCCUGCAGUUCGUGUUCGCCGUCAUAGGCGUACAACUUUUCAAGGGCAAGUUUUUCUAUUGUACCGAUGCAUCGAAAAUGACGAAGGAAGAAUGCCAGGGUACUUAUCUGGAAUUCGAGAAUGGCAAUAUCAAUAGACCUGUCGUUAGAGAAAGAGAGUGGGAGCAACGUCGUUUCCACUUUGAUGAUGUUGCCAAGGCGAUGCUGACCCUCUUUACGGUUUCAACAUUCGAAGGCUGGCCAGGGCUGUUGAAUUGGUCGAUCGAUUCCAACAAGGAAGAUCACGGACCGAUUCACAAUUUUCGGCCGAUCGUGGCCGCCUACUACAUAAUCUACAUCAUCAUCAUAGCAUUUUUCAUGGUCAACAUCUUCGUGGGUUUCGUCAUUGUCACCUUUCAGAACGAGGGUGAACAGGAGUACAAAAAUUGCGAGCUCGAUAAGAAUCAGCGGAACUGUAUCGAGUUCGCGUUGAAAGCGAAACCCGUUCGACGAUAUAUACCGAAGCAUCGAAUACAAUACAAAGUUUGGUGGUUCGUCACUUCUCAACCGUUUGAGUACACGAUAUUCACAUUGAUCAUGAUAAACACCGUCACCCUUGCGAUGAAGUUCUAUCAGCAACCGACGCUAUACACCGAAGUUCUCGACGUGCUCAAUAUGAUUUUCACCGCAGUGUUCGCCCUCGAGUUCGUCUUUAAACUCGCAGCUUUUCGAUUCAAGAAUUACUUUGGCGAUGCCUGGAACGUAUUUGACUUCAUUAUCGUUCUCGGAAGUUUCAUCGACAUCGUAUACUCGGAGGUUAACCCCGGCUCGACCAUCAUUUCCAUCAAUUUCUUUCGACUGUUUCGAGUGAUGCGCCUCGUUAAACUGUUGAGCAGAGGAGAAGGCAUAAGAACGCUUCUCUGGACCUUUAUCAAAUCCUUCCAAGCUCUACCCUACGUAGCCCUUCUAAUCAUAAUGCUCUUUUUCAUCUACGCGGUAAUAGGCAUGCAGGUUUUCGGAAAGAUCGCGAUAGACGACGAUACGUCCAUAUACCGUAACAACAACUUUCAAUCGUUCCCGCAAGCAGUCCUCGUUUUAUUCAGAUCUGCGACGGGUGAAUCUUGGCAAGAGAUCAUGAUGGACUGUUCGGCCCAACCGACCAAAGUAAAGUGCGAUCCAAACAGCGACGAAUAUAACAAUCCAUCCGGUUGCGGAUCGGACAUAGCAUUUCCCUACUUCAUAUCGUUCUACGUUCUCUGUUCCUUUCUAAUCAUCAAUCUAUUCGUUGCCGUCAUUAUGGACAACUUUGAUUACUUGACGAGAGACUGGUCGAUAUUGGGACCGCAUCACUUGGACGAGUUCAUUCGUUUAUGGUCCGAAUACGAUCCCGACGCGAAAGGACGUAUCAAGCAUCUCGACGUUGUAACGCUGCUACGAAAAAUAUCACCACCCUUGGGUUUCGGUAAACUUUGCCCGCACAGAGUCGCUUGCAAGAGGCUGGUUUCGAUGAACAUGCCAUUGAACAGCGACGGCACGGUCCUUUUCAACGCGACCCUAUUCGCCGUUGUAAGAACAUCGCUGAGGAUUAAAACGGAAGGAAACAUCGACGAUGCGAACGCCGAACUUAGAGCCGUGAUUAAGAAGAUUUGGAAGAGAACCAGUCCAAAACUCUUAGACCAAGUCGUACCACCGCCAGGAGUCGACGACGAGGUAACGGUCGGCAAGUUCUACGCAACUUUCCUCAUCCAGGACUACUUUCGUAGAUUCAAGAAGCGCAAAGAACAGGAAAUGAGAGAGGGUGAUAAGGAAUGUCACAAUACGGUAACGCUACAGGCUGGCUUGAGAACUUUGCACGAAGCAGGUCCCGAGUUGAAGAGAGCGAUCUCUGGUAAUUUGGAAGAGCUUAUGGACGACAAUCCGGAACCUACGCACAGGAGAAACCAUUCGCUGUUCGGUAGCGUCUGGUCGAGCAUGCGUAAAGGACAUCACAGCUUCCACAGAGCGAGAUCGCUCAAAGUGAACUCCAAGGCUUCCCCCACGAAUUCCAUAGACUUUCUGUCGUAUUCCUCUUUGCAGAGGGGCGUCGGAUCAGACGCUCCUAAUCAAAUCACCGCAAGAUCCCAUCAAGUCGUGCCAAACGUAGCUGGCGGUCUAAGCGACAGCGCGAUGAACCAAAUGGGAAUGGACCCGAGAUUAACCGGCGUCGAAGAAAGUAUUCCCUUGAGACCUCUCGCCGUCUUUGGCAACACUACGCAACGUUCAGCCUAUCAUAGCUCUUACAAAAUGGUCGGUGGACCGGGUAGCGGUAACUAUCUUCAUCCCAAUAGUGAAUAUGUUCCAUCCUGGGCCGGAGAGAGCAACGGAAGCGUCGGAGCCGAACGGCUUUCUCAUAGUUUGCCUGGUAGUCCUGCCGAUCGAAAGCCGAACUUCGAAGUGAUCGGAAGCGCCGAGAGUUUGGUCGGACGGGUGCUCGUUGAACAGGGAUUGGGCAAGUAUUGCGAUCCAGAAUUCGUGAGGUACACGUCUCGCGAGAUGCAAGAGGCUCUGGACAUGACGCGAGAGGAGAUGGAUAGAGCGGCUCAUCAGUUGCUUUUGCAAGAACGACGUAGUCAGUCGUUCAGGUAUCACCAGCAGCAGCAACCGCAACAGCAGCAACCGCAACAGCAACAGCCCGACAUGGUCCAACAAUGGAAUCCCGCGUACCAGCAACCGAUCGGAAUAGGCUAUCAACCUUUACAGGAGCAACCGCCGAGCGGUACGCAGCGAACGUUCCAUCAUCAACCGAGCUACCAUCGUCAAGGACAACAACAACAACAGCAACAGCAGCCACCCUCUUAGCGGCAGGAAGACGAUCGCUCCGUAAAGAGAAUUCCGUCUACGUAGCCUCGAGUUCGAACACUCCUUUCGGACCAGUCCAAGUCGCGAGCCGUUCGAUCUUCCUCCGAUCGAGAGAGAGAGGGAGAGAGAGAUAGAGAGAGCGAGAGAGAGAGAGAGAGAGAGAGAGAGAGAGAGAGAGAGAGAGACGGACAGACAGACAGGGCAAGAGGGAGAGAGAGAGAGAGAGAAAACAGAAAAAAACACUUCACCGAUCAUUUCACACUCGUACGAGACGCGAUCGUUGUGUACCACACUACCCAAAAAAGCCCCUUUUCUACUUUCCGAAUAUUUUUAUCGAUCGAUCGACGAAAAUCUACUUUUCUUCGGAUUUCGACGGCACGGUCGAUUUUCGAGGAAGCACAGAAUAACGGAUCGCGCGUUAGGUAAUUACCAAACUUUUCUUUUCUUUUCUUAUCGUUAAGCUAGCGAAAAGACGAUAACAAGUCGGACGAAAACGCAAAAUUAUCUUUUUCCGUGGAAAUGACGUUGCUUCGAGACGUGCAACGUUUCUCUAUAUAUGUGUAUAUAUAUAUAUAUAUGCAUAACAAACGUUGAUUUCGUCGUCCUUAAUUUUCUCGGCACUCGAAGACUUGAAAUCGAUCGGCCGAGAUCCGCGAACCUCGACGGACUUCCGUCCGAGAAGUGGAGGAAGAAGAGGAAGACGAAUCUUCCUUUUUUCCUUUUUUCUCUUUCAUUGAUACGGUAUAAAUAGACCUAUAUAUACGCACAUAUUCUUAUUCUUAUUCUUAUUAUUAUUAUCAUUAUUACUAUUAUUAUUAUCGUCAUCCUCACCGUCAUCGUCAUCGUCAUCACCAUCAUCGUCAUAACUAUUAUUAUUAUUAUUAUUUUUAUCGUCAUCGCCAUCACGUUAUAUUAUCACUAUUAUAUUAUUAUCUACUACUAGUACCGUUAUUAUCGUUGGUUAUUCGUAACUAUUUUUCGUCCUCAUCGAUAGACGUUAAAAAAAAAAAAAAGUCACUCUUAAGGAAAAUCGCUAUUAGUACGGUUAAAGUCAUUGUCGCUACUUGCACGAUGGAUUAUUCUAGAUGAUAUAACAAGUGCCUAAGUAUCUAAUAACUUCUUUCGGACCAGAGAAGACUUUUAUCAACAUAGACAAAGUACGACUAUAAUUGCGAAUUAUGACGAGUUACGAGCCGAGUAUGUACACUACGAUAUUGUAACGCGAUAUAGAUAUUAUUACUGUACAUAUAUGUUGCGCGCGUAUUAAUGAGAAUGCGCGGUACGAUGAAUGGCCGAUAAAAAAACAGCCGCGAAAUUCGAUUAAUAACGUAUGAUUGUAGGGAGCGCGCGAGAGAUUUUACACGAAAGAAGGAUGGAACGUUCGUAUUACGUAUCUGAAGUGAAAUUUCGACCCAAAACACACACACGCACACGCACACACACACUCGUACGCGCUCGAGCAUACGAAGCCUUCUCUUAUACACACGUAUAGACUUCUAAACGGUCUUAUUCGGCAAAAACGAAACGAACAAGAGGAAGAGGAGGAGGAGGAGGAGGAAGGAAAGAAGAAAAAUUCUAAUGGAGAAAAAUGUGGGCGCAAAGACAAAAGAUACAUGGCAGAUUUUUCAAUGUAAAUCGUUCAAAGAUCCGCUCCCGUUUCCUCUGACGCACAAAGUUUACUCAGAAAAUCGAAGAAUUGCGAUUGGUGUCCUAGAGCCAUUAUUCUUGGUAGACGCGUAAGACGUUUUUUCUUCGAUUUUUAAAUAUCCGAUCACGUAAUAAUCACGUUAAUCGUUUUAUCGCGUCUACAUCGCCGUUGCGCACAUCUACGUACCGCUUAAUUAUCGCCGAUGAAAAAGGAAAACGAGGAAGGAGAAGAAGAAAAUCAAAAAAGAGGAGACAAAAGGGGAAAGAGAUCGAAGAGACGAUGCGACGCGAGGUCGCAUUCGAUACUUUGUUUUAAUGAAACCCAUACGCAGGAUCGACGUAUUCACGUAUUCGUAUAUAACGAACGCGCUAACAUGUUCCAUUUAUUUUCAUUGGCCCGACGAUGAAUAACGUCAUGUACGUAUGUAUGUAUGCGAUCGAAUCAUCGAACAUUUCGACACGACGAUGGCGUAGCGAUCGCCAACGAAAUGGCGUUACUACUUCGUCAUCGUUAUGUCACAUUCUCAUCUCUCGACCGUUUCUUUUCACCUUAACAACGAAAAUCUCAUCGCAUAUAACGUGAAAUUCUAAUUAAUCGCGAAACUUGGUUCAUACUCACGUAUUAUGUACCGUCUAUCUAUCUAUAGAUACUAUAAAAGAUGUGAAACGUCGAGAAGCGACGACGUCGCGAAUUCGAGGCGGAUGGGGGAAAAAAAAAACAAAUGUUUAUUCUAAAUCUUUGCGAUCGUUGGACCACUCAGACUCGCUUUAAAAAUUCUGGACAAUAUCCUUUGGUGAAUGUCGAAGCGAUUCAAUCCUGUCUAGUGCCUUUCGUAAUUCUCCCUCUUCGGUUGUCCCAUUAGCGCACACUCGAUGUUAAACCUCUUUCUUUCUUUGGUUUCCGAUCAUACCGAUAUAAUAUUAUGAUGUCCAGAGGAGAGAACAAGUAUUCUACGACGAUCGAAGAGCGAGCAAUAUCGCGCGUCAGUCUCCACGAUUCUCUUAACGGAAAACUAAUCGCGGACCGAAAGGACCGAUUAAAAAGAGAUAACGAAAGUAAAAAAGAGGAACGAAUUCAAAAACAAAGACGGAUCGAAGUAGUCUAGGAUGAUCGCGAGCCAUUGCUUAUACAUACAUACGUAUUAUACACUUGAUCUUUCGUAUAUCCGUUUUUUGAACGUCUUUCUAAUAAUCUCGUACUUGUCUAUAACCGUCUUUUUAUACCUAAACUAUCUUAAAAAAUGAACUUUAUACAGAAAAGUAGAUUACGCGCGCGACACGUUCUCUUAAACUUUCUAAUAAAAAUUCGUAAUCGUCGAUGUUUAGAUAGCUGUCAACAAGAUUUUUUACGUCGCUGAUAGACACUGCGUUUUAAAUGUGAUAAAAAUUAGACGCAGAGGAGGAACCCACGAGGAGGAGGAAGCGCGAUACGAGCGUACGAUCUCUUUUCUUUCGAUACUUUUUUUUUUCUUUUUUUUUUUGCUUUCCACCAUUACCGAUUUCAAUGUACGACAGAAGAAUUACACAAAUUAGUCGGAGGCACACUUUUGAAAGAUCGCACAAAUCACUCCGCGUUUUUCCAACGAAUCGGACGAAACGCGUCGUAUUUAUCCUCUAUUAUUUAGAUAUUUUUGAUACGACUAAAAUAUAAUAGAAUCGUCUUCUCGUGAUUUCGCUAGAGAGAGAGAGAGAGAGAGAGAGAGAGAGAAUGAAUGGCGUCGUUGAUCCGUUCGCUUAAAAAGAAAAAACGCUAGCCGACGGGAGAAUCGUGGAGGACUUUUGAAAGAAUGAAAGUUUUACACGUUUAGCAGGAACGAAAGAAAAUCGGAAAGAAUCGCUAAGGUGUCAGAGAUUGUAAUCGUCGUCGUUUUCUUUCUUGAUUGAAACCCUUUGUCUUUUACGCGCAAUUACAAAGUUCGACCGUACGAUAACGUUUUUAAGAGCACAACAUUACGAGAUUGCAUAACGCUAAAGCACGAGAUAUAUAGGCGAGCAGUCUAGCGUGGACGAUCGUCCGGAUAUUUUCGUGAAGAGAUCGUAGAAGAAAGGUGAUAUAAUCAUUCGGCAUCGAUGCACACACACACACACACUUCUUCCUCGACGACAUUGUCCUUAAACGUUCUCAUCGUCGACACGAGAGACGUAUGUCCUUAUAGCGUAAAGAGUAUGCGUGUGUAUGUGUGUAUUUACAUAUAGAUAUAUGCACGCAUCGUACACACAUGUAUAUGUAUAAGUUGUGUAAAGUUGCAAUCAAAGUUUUACCAGGGCGUUCAUAUAAACGAGUCACUUUGAUCGUUUCAAGAUCGCUUAGAAUAUCGAGAAAUCGUACGCAACCACCGGAAUCUUUCAUCGUUCGAAAAGAAGAAAGCAUGUGUGAUCUUUUUCCCUUCACUCUCUCUCUCUCUCUCUCUCUCUCUCUCUCUCUCUCUCUCUCUCUCCCUCCCCGUCUCUCAUCCUCGUCUUUUUGAUAUAAAAGAAAUAUUUCUUGCGCACAGUUAUUUGCUAACGAACGAUGAAUCAUAAAAGUGUGCAGCUGUACGAAGUCGAACCUAGUUGACAAAUUUCAAUCGCCUAUGAAAGAAAAUAAGUUUUCUUAAGAGAAACGUAUGAACGCCCUUUCCAACGAUCGUUAUCAUUUUAGAUAACGAUCAUUUUUAACGGCCGAUCGUCAGACCACGUCGUUCAGUCCGAAUCUCACGAAGAAAAAGAAAAAAGAGAAAAAAAAGAGAAAAAAACCAAGCAAAAAAGAAAAAAUAACGAAAAAUAAGAUAAGUAAGAAAAAGAAAGCGUAAACUCGACGAUCGGCGGUGUAAACAUAUUUUCGUAAGAAUUAUUGUUAUAUAGAAACUUAGCGUUACGUACUGAACGAGACCCAGACCACUUUUCGGAUUUAGCAUGUAAAUACUUAACUAUCGUAACGUAAUUUUUAGCGGAUUCAUUCGUUUCUUUGCUCCUUUCGAAUCCGACGUCUCACUACCCGGAUGGUGUUGCUCGAUCGAAAAGAACGAAUUAUAAACUUACAUUAGAGGAAAUAACGAUAAAAACACGUAAUGUGUCGUUUUUCGCCGACGUUCCUUACCAAACAAAACGGCGUCACCUAGCUCUCACCUCCGCGUCUCUUCGUUCGACGAGACCAUCUCGGUAGCUCGCGAUCGAGCAGAUAAUUGUCACUAUUUUACGAAGAUAGGAAGAAGGAGAACGCCUAUGAAAGGGAGAUACCGUGCACGAGAGAACGACGAGCAAGAGCUUGCACGACUUCCCUCGUUGAUCGAUCGGCGAUCCUUUGGCACCAGACACGCGACCGUUCUUCGCUCCAAAUUUUCCUCGAAACGACGAGAAAAGCACGCACACACGCACUCGAAAACACCCGCAGAGAAAACUUUAACGACUAUUUAUCGCUUCUUUUCCUUUUCCGAGCGUCACGAAAUAUUCGAAUCGUCGUAAAUAAAAUUGAAUUUCGCGAUUUCUCUUUGUUAAUUCAACUUCCCGACGUUUCUACCUAUAUAACCUAGAAGCGAAGAAACGACGCACGCGAUUGGUCGAUCGUCGUCGCGCGAGCCAAGUGCGCCAAAGCUCUGCUCGUUUGAAUCUUCGAUCGGCAAGCGGAGAAAUCGAUAUUCGUCUUGUUAUUCCUUUGAAUUUCAAGGGAAAGCGGUAGAAGCACGAGAGAGGGGGUUGGGGAGGGGAAGAAGGAUCACGUAUAUUAGAGAUCGAGAUUCACUCUUCUUGUCGGUUGCUCGUCAAAAGUGACGAUAAGUGCCCCACACACACACACACACACACACACACACACACACUCGAUCAUCAUUUUACUUUGUAUUUUCGAUUACGUUUGCGUGCGUGUAAUUUUGUCCGAAUUGCACGAAUAUUAUAAUAAUAAUAAUGAUGAGGAAUGAGAGACGAAAAUACGAAGAGACCGAGUGGGCAGCAUUUUGCUGACUAGAGAAAAACUAACACAGAAAUUGUUGUUGUUGAUGUUGUUGUCAAAAAUGUGUCAAAUUAAAAUAUAAGGAUUUCAAACAUCUUA